GGAAAAGGAAUCAUCAAGUAAGGGAUUGGGAUUCUCUUCAUGGAAAUAGAUCUCGAGGGGAAUGUGAAUGGACAUGAAAUAGAAAAUGUUAGGUCAAAUAUGGGUGAAAGUACAGAUGGAGAGGUACAUGGUGAAGAUGAGCUAGGUGAGAGUUUUCCUGUAAUGGAUCUUGAAGAGGAUACAAAUUUUGAGCCUUCUAAAGGAAUGGAAUUCGAAUCACAUGAGGAAGCUUAUGCAUUUUAUAAACAAUAUGCUAGGUCUGUUGGAUUUAGUACCAAGAAAAAGAACAGUCGCCGUUCAAGGCUUACUGGAAAAUUUAUUGAUGCACAUUUUGCAUGCUCUAGACAAGGAAACAAACAGCAAUCAGAGGAUGCCAUUAAACGACGACCUUCUUGUAAGAGUGGCUGUAAAGCAAGCAUGCAUGUGAAAAGAAGGCAAGAUGGUAGAUGGAUCAUACAUAAUUUUACAAAGGAGCAUAAUCAUGAGCUUUUGCCAUCCUUGACACAUUAUUUUCGAAGUGGUAGGAGCAUGAAUUUAAAUAGCAAGAACAAUUUAGAUAUUCUGCAUGCAGUACGAAUUCAAACAAGUAAAAUCUACACUCCAAUAGCUGAACAAUGUGGUGCAUCUCAAAGUGGUGGUUUUUUAGACAAAGACAUUAGAAAUCAAAUGAAUAAAGGAGGAUGUUUGGCUAUAGAAGCGGAGGAUGCACAUGCUAUGCUGGACCAUUUCAUACAGUUGCAGCAAGAGAAUCCUAAUUUCUUCUAUGCAAUUGAUUUGAAUGAUGAACAGCGCUUAAGAAAUGUGUUUUGGGUUGAUGCUAAAGGUCGGCAUGAUUGUAUCAGCUUCAAUGAUGUUGUUUCUUUGGAUACAACUUAUCUCAAAAAGAGAUGCAAAAUGCCAUUUGCACCUUUUAUGGGUGUAAAUCAUCACUUUCAAUCCAUGUUGGUUGGAUGUGCUUUAUUGGCAGACGAGACUUCAUCAACAUUUGUUUGGUUAUUACGGACUUGGCUGAGAGCAAUGGGUGGAGUUACUCCAAGAGUGAUAAUUACUGACCAAGAUGAAGGCAUGAAAUCAGCUGUUGCUGAGGUUCUUCCGGAUGCCCAACACCGGUAUUGCUUGUGGCAUAUUUUAAGGAAGAUACCAGAGAAACUCAGUCAUGUAACCAAGAAAAGUGAAAAUUUUAUUGAGGAAUUUAAUAAAUGCAUUUAUCGAUCAUGGACCGAGGAGGAAUUUGAAAAUAGAUGGUGGAAUAUGGUUCACACUUUUGAACUCAAGGAGGAUGAGUGGAUUGAAUCUUUGUAUGAAGAUCGUAAACAAUGGGUUCCAACUUACAUGAAAGAUACUUUUUAUGCAGGGAUGUCUACCACCCAACGAUCUGAGAGCGUAAACUCAUUCUUUGAUAAAUAUGUGCUCAAGAAAACUACAUUGAAAGAGUUUCUAGAGAAUUAUAAAAGCAUUCUGCAAGAUAGGUAUGAAGAGGAAUCCAGGGCAGAUUUUGAUUCAAAACAUGGAUUACCUGCUUUGAAGUCCCAUUCACCUUAUGAGAAGCAAAUGUCUACAAUCUACACUCAUGAACUAUUCAAAAAGUUCCAAGUGGAGGUUUUGGGAACUGUUGCAUGCCAUCCAAGAAAAGAGAAGGAAGAUGGGACCAAAACAACAUUUAGGGUCCAAGAUUUUGAAGCACAAGAAGACUUCAUAGUCAUGUGGAAUGAAACAAAAUCAGAGGUGUCUUGUUUAUGUCGUUCCUUUGAAUAUAAAGGGUUUCUUUGUAGGCAUGCAAUGGUUGUUCUCCAAUUUUCAGCUAUACCUGAAAUUCCAUGUCACUAUAUAUUGAAAAGAUGGAGCAAGGAUGCAACAAUUAGGCAUACUAUGGGACAAAAUUCAGAGCACAUGCAAUCAAGGGAACAACGCUACAAUGAUUUAUGUCAGAGAGCCUUGAAAUUGGCCAUAGAUGGGUCAGCUUCUCAAGAGAGUUACAUCACUGCAGUUCGUGCACUUGAAGAAGCUAUGACGAGAUGUGCAAUGUUGAAUAUCUCAGUACAGUGUGAUACAAAUGUCAAUAAUUAAUGGUCAUUUUGGUGCUCCACCGAACAUGCAAGGGCUGGGGCAUUGUUCAAUUGUACCAACCUGCGAUGUUUAGUGUGGCACUCAAUAGAGCAUAUAGGGCUGGUAUGUACAUUAUGAUUUAGACAAAAAUGUGGUUGUGUAUUGUAUUAAUGUACUUGAAUUUGAUCAUUGGAUUGGGGUUUGUAAUUGUAGGGAUAACUUAAAAUCAAUUCCAACAAUCCAUUACGGAUAUAAUGGUACUCAAUGGAGCAUGGAUGGUCACAUAAGAUGCGAUUUAGCUGGCUAAUCUGUUGUCUUGACUGAUCUCUUGUUUUUGAACAUAAAGAGAUAAAAAUAAGACUGUUGCAGGGGUAUAUUUUCAGUUUGCUUAGUUAGCAUAGCCUUAAAUUGGUUGUUGGAUUCUAUUCUUCAUGAUGUAAAUAUGCUGUCAAUUUUGUAGCAGGAAACCCUUAUUGUGUUUCUUGUUUAAAUUUAUAAAAUAUUUUUCUUACAGGCAAGUCAAGAAGAUGCUAAGAUU